UCAGGUGUCAGACAGACUGUAAGUCCACCAAAAUCAGCCACACGAUUUCCUUUUACUGACCCUGGACCACACAGGAGUUAGUAGAGUCACUCCACUACUCUUCCAGAGACCCACUAGAAAUUCCAAUACCCACUAGAAAGCAAGUGUUGUCAGUGAGAAUGAUCGAAAAUGGUUAGUACAGACAAAAGAGGUACCCCGCAGAGCCCAGCUAUGGCGCCAGAUCACAAGGUUAGUUGGGUCAUGAGAUGGCAAGCGAAUCAGAUUGAGGAAUUUAGAAAAGCGGUCAACAACGUCGAUAGAGACAGACUCCCGGAGACCAUUGGGAAUGGGAAAAGGUACCUCAUCUUGAAUGGCCAUAUAGCCAAAGCGGAGGAGAAGAGAAGGAACAUGACCAAGGAGAGUGAAGGGAUACUGGAUAGGACCACUAAGUUGGAGGAGACCCUCAAAAGGAUCUGGGAAGUAGGGAAGGAUCUCGAGGUGGAUGAUGCAAGGGUGGAUAGGGAUGGGUACGAUCCUGCGCUCAUGGGAAUAAUGGGGGAGGAAGAGGAGGAGCUCAGGCAACUCCUCGACAACCAACCCCCACCCCCUCCUCCCCCAAAGGGGGAAGGGGAAGGGGACGAAGCGGGACGAAGCAGGAGGAACGGAUUUGUUCCGAUUGGCUCGGCACAAUGGCUUGAGGGGAAGGUAUUUGCGGGUCGAAUCGAGAUGGGUCUCUCAGGUAGACGGAAGUGGUGUAAAAUGGGAGACAAGCCACGCAGAAGAUUUGUACAUAUGAGGUAUGUGAGUAGGUUGAUGGAGGCAGUCUCGGUCAGAGCACUGAUCAUCUCCUUGAUGACAGUGGCUGUUGGACAGCACUUCGCGGAGUGGAUGGAGACUGUCACUUUUGGCUGGUUUUACAACGAACCAGUCUCUGGGAUACUCUACAAGCCUGCAGAAGUAUUUCGGGAUUUCAAUAUAGAUCGAUGGGAAAAUAGCAAGGGCGGUUGUGCUUGUAAUGGUAGGUAUGCUCGAUUUACCAACCCUGCCACUAAGGAACUGCUUAUCUCAGGGAAGAUUGGAGGAGCUUUGGGACCACACAUAAUCACUACGGACUACACCAUCUCCCGACUACCCCAGCUCAGAAUGAUCCUGCAGUCUGGCCUUAAUCACAUCCUUAGUGCUAGGUUGGAUAUUGAGAUAGCUGUCAGGGAGGUCCUGAAAGAUUUUGAUGAGACAAUGACACUAUAUAACAAGGAGUAUGAUCUCCAGGAGGAGAUGUUAAGUAAGUAGGAUAGGCAGUUAAAUUCUUAAAUAACAAGGGCAAAAAUCAAACCAUGCAAAAUCA